GGUAUACAUCUACUGCUGCUAUGCCUCAGUGAGCAACUGUUAACACCAUGGUCAACACUAAUGCCUGUAUUUGUAUGAAUUGUAUGUACACUUUUUUUCUAUGGAAAAUAUGUUCUAUGGAGUAAAAAAAAAUUUGUACCACAUAUCUAGAAAGAAUGGAAAAGGACAAAGGAAGAUCUUGAUAUCAUUGCAGGGGUUUCUUACUUAGUUUUCACCACCAACCAGGUUAAGUUCAGAGUAGAUUUGCAGAAAUCGGAGUCGGCAUCUGCCAGCUUGUGCAACAGCUUUAACUCCCUCCCAGUGAUCACGGAACCACGGAGUCAGCCCACUGUUGCUCGUACGUCGUGUGGAGGCGGACGAGGAAGCGGGUCGGACAGCCAUGCGCAUUUCCCCUCGCUUCAGGCCCAGGGUUGUGAAUCUUUGGAACUCUGUUUGAAGGCCGAUGGAAGCAAAAUAAUCUUUGAGGCAGAUCCUUGAUAAGCAAGGGAGGAAAGGUUACUACGAGGGGUUGAGUGGUUUACCCCUGCUCCUAAUUCAUAUCAAAAAUGGUCUUGAAAGAAAUCCCAACAGAAUCUUUGGCCCGUCCUUUGUCACGGAAUGAAAUAGUUGGUUUAAUCUUCCGCCUGACAAUAUUUGGUGCAGUAACGUACUAUACUAUCAAAUGGAUGGUAGAUGCCAUUGAUCCUACAAGAAAACAAAAAGUGGAAGCUCAGAAACAGGCAGAAAGACUAAUGAAGCAGAUUGGUGUAAAAAAUGUCAAGCUUUCAGAAUAUGAGAUGAGUAUUGCAGCCCACCUUGUGGACCCUCUGAGUAUGCAGGUUACAUGGGAUGAUGUUGCUGGCUUGGAUGAUGUGAUUGCAGAGCUCAAAGACACUGUGAUAUUACCAAUUCAAAAAAGGCAUUUAUUUGAAGGUUCCAGGCUGUUGCAGCCUCCAAAAGGUGUACUUCUGUAUGGGCCUCCAGGUUGUGGAAAAACUCUCAUUGCUAAGGCUACUGCUAAAGAAGCUGGAUGUCGAUUCAUUAACUUACAGCCAUCCACCUUGACUGAUAAAUGGUACGGAGAAUCCCAAAAACUGGCUGCAGCUGUAUUUUCAUUGGCUGUAAAACUGCAACCUUCGAUCAUCUUUAUUGAUGAAAUUGAUUCUUUUCUGCGCAAUCGGUCCAGCUCUGAUCAUGAAGCCACAGCAAUGAUGAAAGCUCAGUUCAUGAGCCUCUGGGAUGGUCUUGAUACAGACUUCAACUGCCAGGUAAUCGUGAUGGGUGCCACUAAUAGACCACAAGAUCUGGACUCUGCCAUUUUGCGAAGGAUGCCAACAAGAUUUCAUAUAAAUCAGCCUAAUAUCAAGCAACGGGAAUUAAUCCUGGCUUUAAUUCUACUAAAUGAAAAGGUGGACAAUUAUGUGAACUUGAGUGAAAUUGCUAAAGAAACUCAUGGCUUUUCAGGGAGUGACCUAAAAGAACUCUGUAGAGAUGCUGCCAUGUUCUGUGUCCGGGAUUAUGUAAAUGGUUCUGAAGAGGAGGAAAGUGCUAAGGAGAAGAUUCGACCCAUCAAACAACAGGAUCUUCAAAAGGCAAUUGAAAAGAUGCGAAAGUCUAAAGAAGCUACUGUUUCAAAUGGCUUGAUGCACCUCAGCGUAGACUGACGAUAACCUCAUGCACAGUUUGAAGGUCAAGUUGAGUUGUACCUUUGCUUAGUGACUUUGCUAAAUGAUGGCUCUUCCCUUGCUCACUGCAAGAGCUGCACUUGAAGAAAGAAGAGGGAUUUUUUUCCCCAAAAAAUUCCAUUUCUGUGAAUGUAACACCACCUAUCAAAUAUGUAAACCGAACCCAGCAAUUCCUCUGGUUCAUAUUCACAGAAAACUUUAUACCAAACUUUUUGUGUAAUUAUUCACUGGAUUAUACUGAUAGAUAUAAUAGGAUUUUCUGUAGUUGGUUCAACUUGUGAAUGCAUUAGUAUCAUUGUUCAAGAUGUAAAAUGGAAAGCGUACUGCUUGAAUGGUCCAAAUGCCGGAGAAAAUUUCAGUGCAUAUUUAAGGCACAGUGAGAGUACUAACUGGAUCACACUGCAACCCGCAUCAAUUAAUGAUGAAUUAGAUUAAUUAUAGGUUCCUGGAAAUGGAUCGAAAUAAUGUGAAGAAGCUAUUCAAAGCAGUUUCUGACUUUUGGUUGAACCAUAGUCAUGUUUGUUUAAUUUAAUUACAGACUAAGCAGGUUAUGCUUUUUAAAUGUAUUUUUUAUUUUAUGGUUCAAGGUAAAUAAAUGUCUAAAGCCU